UUUCAUCGAGAAAUUGUUUCAAUUCAUGUGGGAUGUCAGUGUUAUGGGAUGACACUGCCAGGUCAAGAUCCCAUCAUCAUCAUCAUCAGACGGAGGCGCUAAGGUCAGUCGGGAACCGGAACAAGCCACCCUCAAGCGAGUCACAACUGGAAGGUUCACCUGCUAUUCAAAACGCAGACCAACGUCGGCCCAUCGUAGCGUCAUUUAUUGAUGACGAGCGGGACCUGCGACGUACCGAACGAAGCUUACUCUCAUCGGGUUCGUCUCGGACAACGACAGCUAUUCAAAUGCGUUUACACCGCAUUGUACACUGCACUCAUAUGCAGCCCCAUCAAAAUAUAACAUGCUUGCCGAGUCUACUGUUAACCUUUCCAGUAGACGCAUACCUACCGAGUCACUCGUUUCGCCAUUAUUACUAGCUCCCGUUGCGCCCACUGACUCGAGCACUGGAAGCCAGUAGCAAACCUACUGUUAACCCUCAUAUUCGCCUCACAACCCCCAUAACUCCGUCAUAUCGCUGCAAUUUGCUACUAAUGAUAUCUUAAAGGAGUAACGUGAAGUACUACCGCCACUGCUACUCGUUGCUACCAAGUGCACUUCAGCUUUCUCUCGUGGUGCUGUUUAAGUGCCCUCUUCAAACAACACGCCGCUACAACCUGGCCGGUUGUCCCGAUGAACGAAGGCUUUGGUUUAGGAUUCGAGGGGCCAGCGGGUUGGCCCCAGCAUCCGAUGGCAGCAGUGCAAGCGAGUGGUUGAAGAAAGCUGUGAAGAGGAAAGUAUCCAUGACGGGCAUUAAAGUACCGUCGUUAAUGGGGCAUUAUAUUUUAUAUAGCUUCCACUACAUCUUUUGCCUUUAACGUCUUGUUGUAAAGCCGCCGUCAGAGAGGAACGGAGCCGGCAGC